AUGAAACAACUCCUCAUCCUUGGCUCCUCCAUUGUUACUCCUCCGACGAGCCCCUCCUCCACUCCUCACCACCACCAACACUCACCAAAACCCAAAACCCCAUCACCCCACACUCUCCACGCUUCCUCCAAACCAACCCCCGCCGUCCAUUCCCGCUCUUCUCCUCUCCUCUCCACCAUCCCAUUUCGCCAAAACCAAAACUCCUCCUCCCUCCUCAGUUACUAUGCCAACCUUGCUUCAAAGCUGGCCGAGGAUGGCCGUCUCCAAGACUUUUUGAUGAUUGCAGAGUCAGUGAUUGCUUCAGGUGUUGAGGCUUCAAGUUUUGUUGCUGCAUUAAGUGCGAAUCCUGUGGCAAAGGGUAUUUCAAAGAAUCUUCAACAAGGAAAUGUAGACUGUGUUGUUCAGUUUUUGAAGAAAACUGAGAAUCUGGGAGUUUCCACUUUUAAGUUUCUUGAUGGCGUUGCUAUUGAUUUGCUUAAAAAAGAGUGUCUCAGGAUUGUGAAUUUUGGUGAUGUGGAGCAAGUUGUAGGCACAAUGGAGACUCUUGCUGGGUUUUGCUUCUCCUUCAAAGAACUAGUGGACCCAUCUUACAUUAUUAAAAUCUGUGUUGACAAACGUAAUCCGAAGAUGGCAGUGCGGUAUGCAGCCAUAUUUCCAGGUGAAGAACGCAUAUUCUUUUGCAACAUUAUAAGUGAAUUUGGAAGAAAAAGGGACCUGGAUUCUGCUUUGGUUGCAUAUAAUGAAGCUAAGCAUAAAUUGAAUGUUCCUAAUAUGUAUUUACAUCGUACCAUAAUCGAUGUCUGUGGUCUCUGUGGUGACUACAUGAAAUCUAGGUAUAUUUAUGAGGACUUGCUUAAUCAAAAGGUCAUCCCAAAUAUUUAUGUUUUCAACAGUCUCAUGAAUGUCAAUGCCCAUGAUUUGGGCUACACAUUCAGUGUGCACAAGAAUAUGCAAAAUCUUGGUGUCACAGCUGAUGUGGCAUCUUAUAAUAUCCUGUUGAAGACGUGCUGUAUUUCUGGAAGAGUGGACUUAGCCAAAGACAUUUAUAGGGAAGCAAAGCAGUUGGAAUCAGCAGGAUUGUUGAAGUUGGAUGUAUUCACAUACUGCAUGAUCAUAAAGGUCUUUGCGGAUGCGAAAAUGUGGCAGAUGGCACUUAAAAUUAAAGAAGAUAUGCUAUCAUCCGAAGUUGCCCCUAACAUGCAUAUAUGGUCGUCGUUGAUGAGUGCCUGUGCCAAUGCAGGUCUUGUAGAGGAGGCAAUUCAGUUAUUUGAAGAGAUGCUCCUAUCUGGAUGCGAGCCAAAUUCACAGUGUUGCAACAUUCUUUUACAUGCAUGUGUUGAGGCUUGUCAAUAUGACAGAGCUUUUCGUCUUUUCCAGUGCUGGAAGGGAAGUGAAGUCCAGGAGGUUUUUCAUGGAAAUCACAGUGGCAACACAGAUAAGAUUGAGCAUACACAAAAACACUGCACUAAUAUGCCAGACAUUGGACCAAAUUCACAUCAUUUAAACUUUAUUAAGAAAUUUCCCUUCACUCCCACUUCAACAACAUAUCAUAUAUUAAUGAAAGCAUGUGGUAGCGAUUACCACCGUGCAAAAGCCUUAAUGGACGAGAUGAAGAUGGUAGGAAUUUCACCUAAUCAUAUAAGCUGGUCAAUCUUGAUCGACAUAUGUGGAGGCUCAGGCAGUGUGGCUGGUGCAGUACAGAUUUUGAAGACCAUGCGUAUGGCUGGAGUUGAACCUGAUGUUGUUGCAUAUACAACAGCUAUCAAGGUUUGUGUAGAAACUAAAAAUUUGAAGCUGGCAUUUUCGUUAUUUGCAGAAAUGAAAAGAUAUCAGAUAAAACCUAAUUUGGUGACAUAUAAUACACUUCUAAGAGCUCGCACCAAAUAUGGUUCCUUGCACCAAGUACAACAAUGCCUUGCUAUAUACCAGGAUAUGCGGAAAGCAGGGUAUAAAUCAAAUGACUACUAUCUCAAACAACUAAUCGAAGAAUGGUGUGAAGGAGUAAUACAAGAUGAUAAUCAGAGCCAGGAUGGGUUUGCUUCUUAUAAAAAAACUGACUUGGGAAGACCUCAUAGUCUACUUCUUGAGAAAGUUGCAGUGCACUUGCAGAACAAUAUUGCUAAAAACCUAGCAAUUGACCUUCAGGGCCUGACAAAGGUUUCGAGACUCAAUACUGAUCCUGAUCAUUUCCUUCAUGGUUUGAAGUUGGUUGCCCUGAUAGUCGAAGCUCGGAUUGUAGUUCUUGCAGUUCUCCGAAUGAUUAAAGAGAAUUAUGCUUUAGGUUAUUCAGUAGAAGAUGACAUGUGGAUCACCUUGGAUGUCAGUAAAGUAUAUAAGGCAUCCAAUCGAGUUUCAGAGGUGAAAAAUGCAAUGAUUGAACUUCUUCAGAAUGAGUUAGGGCUUGAGGUUCUGAUUGCAUUCCCAGGAUAUUUAGAUGAUAUAAAGAUAGGUUUGGAAAACCCACUAGAUUUAGGUCCGGACUGGGAAGUGAGUUCAGCAAGGAACAAGAAAAUGGCAUCUUCCACAAGGCGCCCCAUAGUAGGUGCACAGAGGUUAAAGGUUACGCGGAAAUCAUUGCACAAAUGGCUGCAUAGAAAAGUAGGUGCCAUCGGAAGGUGA